AUGGCAGACGCAGACGCACAACGACAGGCAGAAGAAGACGCGAAUCUCCAACUUCCGCCCUACCCACAUCCCCCACCUUUUUACCUGAAGUUCACCACAGAGAACAAGGAUAGACUGGACGAGAUCAAGAAGGAGGACGGUAUCGACACAGCUUCAGACGGCGGCAAAUCCGCGCAGCUCUCUACAGAGCAAAUUCUCGCCUUGCCGACCGAAUUGCGCUACCUCAUCCCACCCGAGCCACCCGCGGACACUGAAGAGUUCAACGUCUUCGGCACAAUCAACCAGCUCAAAGACCGCGACACCUUCAAUGGCACCAUGGAAUACAUAAGUCAAGCACUGGCCAAACUUCUUCCUGACUGGAAGUACGAACAACUCUAUCCCACUACCGAUGCCUCCAACUCCGCGUCCUCGACCCUCGACCGCCAACGCUACCUAUUUCGAUUUCUGCGAAGCAUACUCGUUGCGUAUAUUGAGUUGCUCGGCAUAGUGGCCAUCAACCCGACGGACGAGCUCAAGGACGACAAGUUGAAGGACAUCUUGACCAUGGUCACGAAUAUGCAUGCGUUGAUCAAUGAGUAUCGGCCGCAUCAGGCGCGGGAGACGCUCAUUAGUGAGAUGGAGAGGCAGGUUGAGAAGAAAAAGAUGGAGAUACAAGGUGUCAGAAAGAUGAAGGAACGUGUCGGGGAGGUGCUGGAGGGAUUUGGGCGGGAGAUUCCGAGCGAGAAGGCUGAGGAUAGGACUGAGGAGGCUGCAGUCACGAGUGAAGAGGAAAGGAAGAGGGACGCGCAAAGGCAGAUGUGGCAGGCCAUGGACGAAAUGCUCAGCCAGUGA